AUGGAAGGUAAGAGGCACACCCUCUGCAUGCGAUACCAGAAUGGCCAGUGCAAGGACACCCACUUCAACGACCAGCGGGACGUCGUUGAGGAGGUCAGUGUGGUCCCGCUUUGUGAACACUUCUCCAGACCCUGUUUGCAAGCGUCUCACGCUGACUCCGCUGUCUCUUAUGAUGACGCCUACUUUAAUCUUGGCGCCUUCUCCUUUGACAACGGGGCCCGCUCAGGCAUUUUUCAACGCACAGAGCAAUUCUCCGAUGUCCUGCGCUUUUUGAACGCUUUCAUGCAGCUGCAGUUUCCCUCAGCAACAUGGACAUCGCUUUGUGUUAGCCACAAUGUUCUUACACUUCUUCACACAGAUGCUGGCAAUGUUUGGAUGAGCCCUCCGUGGUCAUCAGCGGCCACCCUGGUUGAGGUUGACCUACUUUCUGCUGAAGCUUUGGACAUGCUUUGUGAUUCGACAUACGAUUCGCUUCUCAGGACGCCAGAGUACCUCAACGGGGUCCCGGGCAACAGCACGGCGCAACAGGUACGUGUGAUCACCCUCACGGCCACCCUUCAGUGGCAGGACGGCGGAGGCAUUUAUUCACUUCCUGACUGGUCAGAUGGUCCACGCUAUCACGAAGACAAGCUUCAGUUACAUCAGCACGUGGCCGAGCAGAAAGAGGCCCCGCUUUUCACUGAGUCCGAAACAGCAUGGCUCCGCUCCUCCUUCCAGACACAUCUCUCUUUCCAGCUUUGCAGCAGGGAGUUCCUACUGGCUUUGAUGGAGAUAUACCCCGCAGCCACACCCUCAGGCGCAGAAUCAGAUCCCGGCCUUCUUCAGGAGCUCAUACAAGAGGAAAUCGAUGCCGGUUUCCUCGAAGAGAUGCCCAGCUUGGAAGAUAUCCAGGCCGCUUUCCCGGCAAGAGAAGAUUCGUCACCGGUGACAGAGGCCUCUUGGGUCUACGACAACAAGACA